GCCACAGCCGCGCCAUGGCACCGAGCGGGGCGGGGGGCGCGGAGCCUCCGCCCCCGGGGCGGUGCCGGCCUCUGCUCCGGAACCACUCGGCAGUGGGGCAGCAUGUCUGCCUCCUCUUCCAAAAGGAAGAGCAAGGGGCGCCUGGCCGCGGGUGGCAGCUCCCCGCGGGAUGCUCCCCUCGGAGCUGCUGAGGGCGGGCCGCUGGCGCUGCGGGUCGCCGACGCCGUGGAGGCAGGAGAUGACAAAGUCCCGAAAAUGCUGCGCAGAACCCUGGCGCAGCUGUCGCUGAGCAGCAUGAAGUCCGCGGAGCUCUGCAUAGGGCGGCCGGCCCUGCUCACCUCAGCUGAUGGGCGACAGGAGGUCUGUACUGCUUGGCCCACUCCAGGCUUUCCAGGUGGGAAGAUUGGGCUGAAUGAAACCACACAGAAGAACCUGAAAGUAAAUCCAGGUGAUGGUGUCACUGUGCAGCCUGUGACUGGUGCAGUCAUCCAGGCAGAGGAAGUCGAUGUAAAGUUGAGGGACAAAGAUGCCACCGUUAAUGCCGAGGAAAUGUCUGUGUGUCUGCUGAGAAACCUUGAUGGGAAAAUAGUUCUACCAGGAAACCUCUUGGCUUUCACUUUCUAUGGCAAACUGUGCAACAUCGUGGUGAUGAGAGUGAAAGGAACUGAUGGUGCAGAGCUGAGUGCCCAGGGCAGCGCCAUUCCCAGUGACCCAGACCUUGAGAGAUCUGAUUUGGAGACAAGUGCCUUAGAUUUGUCUCUACAGCUCGGCAGGAUGGACAUUGGUGAUAGUCCAGGGGUUGCAUCUUUGAGCACACCAAGCAAACCAAUGGAUCCAGGCUCACCAGUUACACCCAGUUCUGUGACAGCCAGUGGUCCGGACUCUGGUCAGGGAGAGAAAACCUACGGCAAGGGAGAUGGUGCAGACCUCACCGAGGAUUCGGAGUUGGCUGGGAAAAGCAGCAGUGAGGGACUCCCAGUAACGGGCAAAACCGGAGCAAUAAGCAAUACAGACUCUUUUUAUUUCAUUUCUUCAAGAACUAGGAUCAAUUUUAUAGAACCCAGGACCAGUGUAGCAGAAGAUGGCGAUUGUGAGUCCCAAGUCACCUAUGACAUGAUAGGAGGUUUGAGCAGCCAGCUCAGAACUAUUAGAGAAACAGUUGAACUGCCCUUGAAGCAACCUGAACUGUUCAAGAGUUACGGAAUCCCUCCUCCUCGAGGAGUGCUGUUAUAUGGCCCUCCAGGUACUGGGAAGACUCUGAUUGCCAAAGCCAUCGCAAAUGAGGUUGGCGCUCACGUUACUGUUAUUAAUGGGCCUGAAAUAAUAAGCAAGUUUUAUGGGGAGUCUGAAUCGAGGUUACGUCAGAUCUUCGCUGAAGCCUCUCUGCGUCGCCCCUCAAUUAUAUUUAUAGAUGAGUUGGAUGCACUCUGUCCAAAGAGAGAAGGGGCUCAGAAUGAAGUGGAAAAGAGAGUUGUUGCUUCAUUGCUGACGUUAAUGGAUGGCAUUGGCUCAGAAGGCAGUGAAGGGCAGCUCUUGGUGCUCGGGGCCACCAAUCGCCCCCAUGCUCUGGAUGCAGCUCUGCGCAGACCUGGGCGUUUCGACAAGGAGAUAGAAAUCGGAAUUCCCAAUGCCCAGGACCGCCUGGACAUACUCCAGAGGCUUCUCAGGAAAGUCCCCCAUUCGCUCACAGAGGUGGAGUUGGUGCAGCUGGCUGAUAGUGCACAUGGUUAUGUGGGUGCAGACUUAGCAGCCUUGUGCAAGGAAGCAGGUUUGCACGCCUUGCGGAGAACGCUGGGGAAGAGCCCUAACCUGUUAGACACCGAGGUGGCUGGGUCAGUGAUGAUUGCUUUCAAUGACUUCCUGCAGGGGAUGAAUGAUGUCAGGCCCAGUGCCAUGAGGGAGGUGGCAAUUGAUGUGCCAAAAGUCUCUUGGUCAGACAUAGGAGGACUAGAAGACGUGAAGCUGAAAUUGAAGCAGGCAGUUGAGUGGCCUCUCAAACAUCCCGAGUCCUUCAUCCGCAUGGGGAUCCAGCCUCCAAAAGGUGUGCUCCUUUAUGGACCUCCUGGAUGCUCAAAAACCAUGAUAGCAAAAGCUUUGGCCCACGAAAGUGGUCUCAACUUCUUGGCAGUUAAGGGGCCAGAGUUGAUGAAUAAAUACGUUGGUGAGUCUGAACGAGCAGUGAGAGAGAUCUUCAGGAAAGCCAGAGCGGUGUCUCCUUCAAUUCUUUUCUUUGAUGAGAUAGAUGCCUUGGCAGUGGAAAGGGGAAACUCCUCAGGUGCAGGCAAUGUAGCAGACCGUGUCUUGGCUCAGUUGCUGACGGAAAUGGAUGGGAUAGAACAGCUGAAGGACGUGACAAUUUUGGCAGCUACAAACAGACCGGACAUGAUAGACAAGGCCUUGCUGAGACCAGGACGAAUAGACAGAAUUAUCUACGUGCCAUUGCCAGAUGCAGCCACUCGCAGGGAGAUCUUCAAACUUCAUUUUCAGUCCAUGCCAGUGAGCAAUGAAGUCUGCUUAGCUGAGCUUGUUGAGCAUACACAGAAGUACUCAGGAGCAGAGAUAACAGCAGUCUGUAGAGAAGCAGCUCUUCUGGCUCUCCAGGAAGACAUCCAUGCCCAGUCCAUCAUGGGGCGGCACUUUCGGUGCGCGCUGACUGUCGUGACCCCGAGGAUUCCCGACUCGUUAAUCCAGUUCUAUGCAGAUUAUCAGCAGCAGAGUGGACUGCACACGCUUUAAUACACACACGAAUUCACACACACUGUGAAUAGCAAAUUUCCUUCAUAAAGCUGUCAGAAGCCAAAGAAUUUUGUACUGUAAGUAGAAGAAUUUACAGGUCAAAAAUUUAUUCAAAUCCUCCUUUCAUUUGUUGAAGUAAACAAGAAAUGACAUUUCAGGCUUUAGGUAAGGUUAUUUUUUGGGGUUUGUUUAUUGAUGGUUCUGAAGACUUUUCUUUCCUGCAGCCAUUCUGUAUGUAAUUAUUUAGAAAUUUAUAUAAUUUUAUGAGGAAUUUGUAUAUCAAAGAGGUAUUUCUACGUUAUUUAUUUAUCAGUAUGAAAUUUAAAGAGUAAUUUCUUCACCUGGGUUAUGGCUUUUCCUCUCCUUAUUUAGUUCCACAUUGUACACAGUUUGUAGCUUUUAAACAGAAAUCUGCUAUUUCUAAAUGACCACUUUUCUAUUAGUUUUAUGCUAACCUAUUGUUUCUGUAAUUAGCAUUUAAUUUUACCAUCACUGACAAGGAUUAAGGGAUGAGGAAAAGCAGGUCAUUUACUUAGUUCAGCUGAUGUAUGUGCAGGUUUUUUCUUUUUUUCAUUGCUAGUCUCUUUAAUAGUCCAAAACCAGAGGGAAUUAAGAAAAUUAUAAACUGGAAAAGUUGCCUUGGAGAUCAAGACUGCAACUGAAGCUACUUUAGUCUUCUUUUCUAAAUUCUCUGUACUCCAACUUGGAGUUCAGGAUGUGAACCAUUUAUCACAACCAUUACAUUUUUGAUGUUUCCAAAAAUUAAAUGCCAUACCUUUAUCCCCUGGCACUUUACUCUGGUGUCUGUUCCCGAAGGGAGGAAAGAGAGACUGCAGUUUUUACUGCCAAUAGUGAAUUCUGUUUGUAAUUUUGUAGCCUAAAAGUAACACUCUGCGAUGCUCUAUAUGAGUAGCAAAACUAUACGGCCAGUCCUUUGGAAGUGCUCAGAUUUAUUGGGAACAUGCACCAAGGCAUGAAUGUGAACUGAGAAGCUGCAAGACAGGCAGGUAGGAGCUGGCUGGCCUUUCCAUUUGUGGACUCCUGCUGCCAUCAGAGGGAAUUUUGCACGUUGAAUUUUAGGACAUUUAGGACAGAAGGCUGGCCCACGUCUGUUGUUUGUGCCUUGGGAAAAAACCCCAUCCCUGCAAAUGUUUAUCCUCUCACCCGCAUGGUACCACAUCUGUGGUACCAAAUCUCGUGAUACACACCUACAUGCCUGAAGCGAUUUUGGAUGCAGGAAGAUCCCCUUUUUUUCCUUGGGCUUGUGGAAUUUGUUUUUUGAUUUUUUUUUUUUAAAGUAAGGUAUUCUUAAAGAAAAAACGUAGGCGAUGACAAAUUUUUGAAGUCCCUAGGUGUCUGUUGCUCCCAAAAGUUCUGUUCGGAAAACUUUGCCAGUCUGGCACCGCUCAGGAUCUUAGUCCAUCCCAAGCCACUGAUAAACUGAGAUUUAAAGAAAGGUACAAUGACUCCCCAUCUCAUUCCUAAUGACAGAACGCCGUUAUCAUGGACUAGCAACUUGAAACCCACUUGUCAGAAUUCUGAAAAAAUAACCAAAAAUUCAUUUUUGGUCAAAACGCACCAUCACUGUAGUCCUUUCAUAAUCCAAUUUGGCGAGAGCUUUUGCACCCUGAGCCUCUCAUUGGAACUUACUGAUGAGGGCACUGUAGGACAGAGCACUCCAGAGGCAUCUCCCAUUGGCCUGUCAUUUAAACAAGUGGGUUUUAGCUCAGAGCUGAACUUUUCACAGCGUGUUUUACUGAACACAUCGUGCCUUGGCUCUGAAUCAAAUCUCUUGCAGUGUGAGGCUGUAUAAGCCUGAACACCUCUGUGCUGCAGAGUGAAUCAAAGAGAGGGGUGUUCUCUCAUCUGCUGGGUUAAUCACUGUUGUUGUUUGGGUGUUUCUAUGAGAUGUUAUUUUAAUAAAGUGAUCAAGCCUCAGUGAGCAGAAGGCAUCUGAGAAGAACAUCUAUCUUUCUCCCAUCCUCUUUUUAACUGAGACUUACUUCCUAGACUUCUUUACGUCCUUUAGAAACGGAGUCUUUUUGCUGCCUGCUAUUAUCUUUUGGAGCCAGUUUUUGGCCCAAAUACUGCUUGAGUUGCAGAAUUGUUACCUUUAAAUCAAGCUUUCCAAUGUUUCAGGCACAUUUUGUUUAAAUACAAAAAUCUACCUUUUUCCUCCAAUGACAACAUCUUGCAAAAUGGCAUAAAAAGUCUUUUGACAGGUUUGCCAAAAAUGACCAGGAGAAUAUUUAUUAUCAAAAUGCAAAAAUGUCUUCACUUAAAAAAAAAAAAAAUUAAAAAAUCAGUCCUGUGUUCUCCUUAAUGCACAAAACAGAUUUUCACUGCACGUACAAUAUACAAUUCUUAAUCCUGGAAAAAGAAUGAAGUUUAUUGUGGGUAGUUUUCCUGUAGUCUCUGAAUGAGAGCAGAACAGUUUACUCAGCUCAGGUGCGAGGGAAAACAUCAGGGACAGAAUAAAGAUCGUUUUCAAAGGUGGUUUUUCAAAAUCAUUGAAUUUAGACUUGUCAGCCCUUUCAAAUAUUAUGUCCUUAAAGUGGAUUUUUUUUGUGGUUUGUGUAUGCUGGCUCUUUCCUUUUAGCUUCUUUACUCAUUUUAAAUGUCAGAGUGUGGUGAUUCCCCUUUGGAAACUGGGCAUGUGCCAAACAUAAUGCUCCUGUAACUGAGCAUCCAUCCAUUAGUGCUGCAGGAAGGCUGAGGGUGAUGUUUCCUGGUGAAGGAGGCCUCAAACUCUGCUGAUGGGGUGUGGAGAGGGGGAAAGAGGAAGCCAAAGUGUAAAUCUGGUGUUUUGCCCAGGAAGAUGAAGUUCAGUGAUGGACACCACAAGUUUGUGGGCAGAACUGUCUCUCCCUCUUGCAACAGGUGAGUGUGAGGCCUCACCCUGAAGGCUUUUGUUUGUUCCUGGCUCUGCCAGAGAAAACAACUGAUGGGUAGGUGAAACAGUAUUGCCAGGACUAGAAAUGCCAGUGCCUGGGGGUUGUGGUAUCCCAAUAUCUAGUGGUAGCUAGGAGAGAACUAAGGAGGAAUUGUACCUGGAAGAUGGAGUCACGCAUGUGCCUGGAAGGCAGGCACCCACCGUCGCAACCUUGGCAAAAGCCCCUGGGAGAACUAGUGAAAAGCAGGCAUAAAGUACUUGCCUUGCUUCCUGUGAUCCCAAAGUUGGGAUAAAACUAAAUGUGUUUCCUCACCCUUCUGAGUUUUAAGAUGACUCCUGUGCUGAUGCAGUCAGGGCCAUGGGAAGUGGCUUGCUGGGGGAGCAGAGGUACUUUUGGAAAACUGGUUUUUACAUUGUGACCCUUUUGUAUUUAAUAUUGUUGUUCUAGUUGCAGUGAAUUGCAAUAAUUUUUGUCUCCUACGAACCCCAAAAUCUUUUGCUUUUGCUGGUGCCUUUUUUAUUUUCUUUGGCAUGAAGGAAAACACCAUAGCUGAUGUAAUGUGUGCGAUUUGAUAAGGAGCUUUCCCGAGGGAGUAGGUGCAAGAGGCAUGUAGGAUUGCAGUUGUAGUUGGGCAUGUUUUGCAUGGCAGGUUAACAUCUGGAAGACACAUAUUCCAAUUGAAACCUACCUCUAAUCUUGGGGUUUGUGUCUGCUGUUUCUGCUACCUGUUCAUUCAUUAAUCUUCUCUGUAGCCUUGCGUUUUCACCAGGGCUUUAUACGUUGUGUGUUAAAUAUUUUAAAUGGUGUCAUUCUUCCCUGCAGUCUUAAAUCCAACAGCUCCAGAGCCCUGCUAGGAGAAGGAGAUGUGUGUUUUCUCUGUGGUGAGGGGGAGAGAGGAGCCCCGCUCUGUGUUUGCGUGGCAGGCCUCCAGCAAGAGCGCAGGUGUUGCAAGAGGAGGCAAUGGCAACCAGAUGACAUUCCUUCCCCUUGAACUAGUGUGGAGCCAUUGCUCAAACGGAUUGUGGGUCCAGCAGUUGGACUGGAUGAUCUUAAAGGUUCAUUUCCAACCUAAAUGAUUCUGUGAUUCCUUCCAACAAAAUUUCAGGCUAGUGUGUUGUCUGCACGUGCCUGUGUAAAAUCCAUGGCAAUAGAGCUUGGGUUCAUCCAACUGAAAGAUGAGAGGAGUAGAAUCACUCUUGGCAAACAUUGGAAAGAUACUAGAAGAUGGUCCAGAGAGUGAUUUAUCCUGGCUGAGAGCUAAACUACCUUUCUGGAGGUGCUGAAGGGGCAGCUGAUGUCAAGAGAGGCCUUAAGCACUUAUCUAGAGAAAGUGCCUCGAGGUAGAUGAAAGGAAUUGAGAGCAGCAACUCUCAAAAUACUGAGAAAAAUGUUUUAUCAACUUGUGCAAAUAUAUCCUGUUUGCAUAAAUGGUUCUGGAAAUGCCAUUGGUAUCUUCCUCUCAAUACCUGUGUGUGUGUGGGAUGGCAAGGUGCUCUUAACCACACACCCCCUGAUUUUUUUAUCUUCUUUACCAAUACAGAGGAGUUUUCACAUCCCUCUUGGGUAAAAUGGCUCUGCAUCAGCCAAGUGUGGAAAGGGCUUUGAUAACCUUCAAGGUGAAACACUUGUCAGCUCUCACUUUAUCCAGGAACGGAUUAUCUGGGCUGUGGAAUAAUGAGGUCAUGUCUUUCCUCCACACUGCUGGCAAGAGCUUCAAAUUUCACACAGGGGCAGCUGCUUACAUCAAGCCUGCUCUGCUUAAUGCUGCUUAAAGCUACCCCCCUUCUCUGUCAGCGAGUUUUCCCCAAACUGAGGGUGUGAAAUGUGUUCACACAGCCUUGUUUGCAGGACGUGUGAGGGGGUUUCAUGGUGCUUGGGUUGCUGUCUUGCCCCAGAGUUGGUUGGGUUGGAUGCAAGAGUGCAGGAUGCAAGCAGCAGAAUGAUUUGUGUGUGCUGCUGCAGCAACAAACAGUGCCUGUGAGAGAUGUAGAGAAGGAUUUGGUGGGUGGCUGGACCAAAGCCAUGCAGCUCUUUGCAGGUGAGUGUCCCAUCCUCAGCUUGCUGCACUGCCUCGGGUCUAAACCUGCAGCUUUAAUGCAGAGCUGUUGCACUGAGAGUGGCCACGGACAUGAAAGAUCCCUAAAGCACACAAGUUGUGGGUGUUAAAGCCUAUGGGUGCUUAAGUAGAUUAGCAAACAAACAAAUCCUUUAAUAUUCUGGAAUGCUUCCUCACCACCUAAGUAGGGAUUAUUCCACCAAGCCAGCAAAUUCUACCCUUCUACC